AUGACUAGUGGUAGCAAUAUCUUGGAGUCAAUGUUCAAGAUCUGGCUGAAGGCAAACGUGCUACCUGAAGAUGCUUACCAUAUAAUGCCUGUCGCCGUGGGGGAGCAAGGUCGGGAUCAACAGAAUUCACCAUCAGAUUGGCCCACUGUCUCAGAUGAGCUUGUGGAUCAGCUUGAUUAUGUCGACACGUACUCUGCUAAAUUCGCCGCGCAUCCCAGUGAUGCUGUGUUUGAGCUGCUGAUGAAGAAUGAGAGAACAACAGCUGAGGGUGUUCGCAAGAAGCUGGCGUGGGUUCAAUCUUCAGAAUCAAUUUCUGAUGAAGAGAAGAAGGUGAUCGAACAACUGGAAGAGCUGUGGCUUCAGUACGUUGAGCGCUGUGAGGCCAAGAAACCCAUGACGAAGAAGGAUUGA